AUGCUCGCUCAGGCUCUCUUCUCUAUCAUGGCUUUCGCCACCCAGGGCUUCGCUCUCCCGACUUCUGGCGUCGAAUUGGUCGCUCGACAGGGCUAUACGUCAAACUGCACCGCUACGUACACCGUCCACUCGAUGGACACCUGCAAUGUGAUCCGGGACCGCUUCGGCGAUGUAUUUAGCCUGGCCGACUUUUAUUCUUGGAAUCCUGAGGUCGACGUUCGUAUCCCUUCUCCUGACAGAUCUUUCUGCAGCAACCUGUUCGUCGGCCAAGUCGUCUGCGUGGGCAUCAACAACUCGCCCGGCACGCCCGCCGCGUGCCCCGUCCCCGUCAAGCCGGGCCUGAUCAAGAACUGCGACAAGUGCUACAAGGUCGUCGAAGGCGACUCGUGCUCGGGCAUCAUAGAUUCUAACACCAUCUCGCUUGCGGAGCUGCACGCGUGGAACCCCGAUCUCAACCCUUCGUGCACGAACCUCGAGAUCGGGUAUAACUACUGCGUUGGUGUUUCUGAGACCCUUGUUUGA